AGUUAUAUACCAUAUGGUCGCCUUUUUGUGUAAAAUUGCAUACGUUUCCACGUGAAAUUUACAUUUCGAAUUUCACCCAUUUAGGCAAUCUACUCCUACCUUUUGCCAAGCAAAGUUCUUAGCUAGUUAAUAACAAUUAGUAAUACGUUAAUACAAGAUGUCGAAAAACAAGGGAAAAAGCAAGAAAAACCAAUUCGAUGAUGACGACGAAAUGAACGAGCAACCAGCCAACAUUGCAACGAAGAAAUCUCAAAAGAAAGGCAAGAAGGGGAAAAAGGGUGGCGAUGACUCUGAUGAUAAUGAUGAUUUGGAAAGUUUGCAAUCGGCCAGCAGCAAGGCUACAACGACUUCACAGCAAACCCAACAAUCGAACAAAGGUGCUGGCAAGAAGAGCAAAAAAGGUAAGAAAGGAAAGGGCGAUUGGAGUGAUGAAGAAGAGGAAGCACCAGCUGCAGCGCCUGUGAGCAAUAAAAAGAAAAACAAUAAGAAACUGCAGCAGGAUAGCGAAGAUGAGGAGGAAAGUCUGGCUCCAGCCAAAAAGAGUAACAAAAAAUCCGGAAAGAAAGGAAAACAGGAUUUUGAAAGUGACGAAGAAGAUGAUGUGGAUAGAGAGGACAUUGUGGAUGAUAUGCCAAAGCCAGCCAACAAAAAGCAACAACAGAAGAAAUCUAAGAAGAACAAGAAAAAGGAUGACUUUUCCGAUGAAGACGAAGAUAAGGAUAUAAAUCUGCUUGAAGAAGAAGAUGAUGAAUCCGACGAGUCCGCGGUUGUAGCCAAACCCGUUAAAAAGUCGAAUAAAAAACAGCAAAAGAAAAACAAAUUUGAUGUAAGCGAUGAGGAAGAGAUAGAAAACGAGAUAGUUGAAUCAGAACCUGAAUUGGAGCCAGAGCCCGAGCCGGAGCCCGAACCCAAACCACAGCCUGUUGCAAAACCUGAACCUGCUAAAGAAGAGUUGCCCAAAGAACCCGAGCCCCGAAUAGAAGAAAAGUUAGAGGAUCUUAAACUUGAAGAUCACGAAGAGCAAGAUCGCAACGGAGAUGUUAAUGAAAAUGAAACUACUGCACCCACUGCUGAAGACAAUGAAAAGACUAAAGAAAAGAAAAUGACCCAUAAGGAAAAAAAGAAGCAAAAGAAACAAGAGGAAUACGAACGCCAAAUGGAACUAAUGACCAAGAAAGGAGGCCUAGGUCAUUCCGAUUUAGAUAGCAAUUUCACCAUGUCACAGGUGCAAAAGUCUGCCGGCCAAAAGGCUGCUUUGGAGCAUGCGGUGGAUAUAAAAAUUGAGAAUUUCACAAUCUCUGCGAAAGGUAAUGAUCUGUUUGUCAAUGCAAAUUUGCUUAUUGCUCAUGGCCGCCGUUACGGAUUGGUAGGACCAAAUGGCCAUGGUAAAACAACACUUUUACGUCACAUAGCCACACGUGCCUUUGCCAUUCCUCCAAACAUCGAUGUGUUACUUUGCGAACAGGAAGUUGUGGCAACAGACAAGACUGCCGUCGAAACUAUCUUGGAAGCGGACACUAAGCGUAUUAAAUUAUUGGCAAAAUCAAAAGAGCUAGAAGAAAAGUUUUCUGCCGGUGAUAUGAGCGUUCAGGAAGAAUUAAAUGAUACAUUUACUGAAUUAAAAGCUAUAGGUGCCUAUUCAGCUGAAGCUAGAGCACGACGUAUUCUGGCUGGUCUUGGUUUCAGCGAAGGAAUGCAGAAUCGUGCAACAAAUAAAUUCUCUGGUGGUUGGCGUAUGCGUGUCUCCUUGGCUCGUGCCUUGUAUUUGGAGCCGACGCUGCUAAUGCUGGAUGAACCUACUAACCAUUUGGAUUUGAAUGCUGUAAUUUGGUUGGAUAACUAUUUGCAGGGCUGGAAGAAAACCCUGCUGAUAGUUUCUCACGACCAAAGUUUCUUGGAUAACGUGUGUAACGAAAUCAUUCAUUUGGACCAGAAAAAAUUACACUACUACAAAGGCAACUAUUCAAUGUUUAAGAAGAUGUAUGUCCAAAAACGACGUGAAAUGAUUAAAGAGUACGAGAAGCAAGAGAAGAGAAUCAAGGAAUUAAAGGCUCAUGGCCAAUCUAAGAAAGCAGCCGAAAAGAAACAGAAGGAAGUUUUGACACGCAAACAAGAAAAAAACAAGUCCAAACAGCAACGACAAGACGAUGAAGAUGGGCCAACUGAGUUGCUGGAAAAACCCAAGGAAUACAUAGUUAAAUUCCGUUUUCCCGAACCAUCACAAUUGCAGCCACCUAUUCUUGGUUUGCACAAUGUCACCUUUGCUUUUGAGGGCCAGAAGCCCUUGUUUAUAAACACGGAAUUCGGUAUUGAUCUUAGUAGUCGUGUUGCCAUUGUGGGUCCCAAUGGUGUUGGCAAAUCCACAUUCUUAAAACUUCUGCUGGGUGAAUUAGAGCCCCAAAAGGGAGAGCAAAGGAAAAAUCAUCGAUUGCGUGUCGGCCGGUUUGAUCAGCACUCCGGCGAACAUUUAACGGCCGAAGAAUCGGCGGCAGAAUAUUUGCAACGUCUUUUUAAUUUACCUCACGAGAAAGCUCGCAAAGCUUUGGGCUCUUUUGGUCUGGUCAGUCAUGCUCACACAAUUAAAAUGAAAGAUCUUUCGGGAGGUCAAAAGGCUCGUGUUGCCCUGGCUGAACUCUGUUUGAGUGCGCCGGACGUUCUUAUUCUUGAUGAACCCACAAAUAAUUUAGAUAUCGAGUCUAUCGAUGCAUUGGCUGAAGCCAUUAACGAGUAUGAGGGAGGCGUAGUUAUCGUGUCCCACGACGAACGUUUGAUUCGAGAAACUGGUUGUACUCUAUACGUCAUCGAGGAACAAACGAUCAAUGAAAUCGAUGGAGACUUUGAUGACUACCGCAAAGAAGUAUUGGAUUCUCUGGGAGAAGUUGUUAAUAAUCCUAGUGUUGUAGCUAACGCUGCAAUACUCUAAGAUGAAAUUUUGGAAUUUACAAACAGGCAUUUGUGAUUAAUUGAAACGAGUUGAAAAUUUUUGUAUUA